GAUGAAGGUAACAAAAAUGUUAUGAAUUAAGGAAAGUAACGUUAAUAAUCUGUUCAUACUGAACAAUAGAAUAGAAGAUCCUAUAGAAGAUCUGUAUCAGCUGUUUAAUCUGGAAGAAAAAUCUCACAUAGUGCAAUUACAUUGGGUGAUAAUUAAAUUUAAAUCACUAUGAUCAAUAAUAUCACUUAAUGUCUAGCUAAAAAAGUACAUUUUUCAAAUCAAAAUUUUAGAAAAUUUAUGUUGAAAUAUUCUCAGGUCCUUAAUAAAAUGAUCUUAAUCAAUCAGAUUGUGAAGAUGAAAUUCUUUAUGCCUUAGGGGCCACCAUUGUUAAAAAAUUAAGUAAACAUACUCACUAUCUAAUUUGGCAAUGUAAAUUUCAAUUAAAUUUUAGAUGGUUUUUUGAGCACAUUAGAAAAAGCUAAAGAAUGGAAUAUCAAAAUAGUAAAUCCUAUGUGGGUCAAUGAGUAAAUAUAUAAUCUAUAUUUACUAUUUUAGAUGUCUUACAAAAAAGAGGGAAGUUGAUGCUUUAAAUUUUCCAAUAAUCACAUUAACACCUUAAGAGACGUAAGAACUACUCAAAAAAGAUGUAUUAUUUUAUACUUAAAUAGAAAGCUCAUUAAAAGAAAGGAAAAUAAUCCAAUCAAUAAAUGUUAGAUGAUGAAGAUGAAGACACUAAUUAAUUUAAAACCAGACACAUAUUUAGUUAAUUUAAAAGUUAACUUUUAUUAAUACAUAAAAGCAUUAAUAAAACUUAUGUACCAAUUUCAAAUUUUAAAUAAACAUCUAAAAGUAUUCGAGGUCUUUCAAAAUAAGAUAUCAUACAUGAAGAACUAGAAACUGAAUAAUUAGAAGUAGGAUCACAAAAGAUCAAUUCUUAAUUAAUUACUAAAAAGAGUUCCAAAGCUUUAUUAUAAAAACCUCAAAAAAUUGACUAAAAAUUUACUCUGGUUUUACAUAAAUCUUGUGAUGGUGACAUCUUGAAUUUAUUUGAAUCAAUUAACUUGAAGUAAAUUUAAUUAAUAAUAAAGAGAUUAGUAUCAAUUGGUAACAGAAGAGGAUACUAAAAUUAAGUGUGAUCUUCUUGUUGUUAAUGAAGAAAAACUUAUUUAUGAUUUGAUUUUCUGUUGUUGUUGUUUAAAUAAAUAGACAAAAGUUAUUUCCUAAAAAUGGAUUAUUCAAUAAUAACUUAAUCCCAAAAAAGAUAUAUCUUUUAAUCAUUAUAUUUUAACCUAUAACAUGCAAAAAAGUAUUUAGUAAAUAAUUAAAAUAGAAAUAUUAUUCCCUUAUAACUUUUAUAUCUAUUUUUCAAAACCAAAAUCUACUUAACAAAAAACAAUUAAUCAAAAUCUUAGAUCAGGGCUAGAAUAAUUGAUAUAACAUUUUGGUGGAAAAGUAAUAAUAUCAAUUAAAAAUAGAUUACUUAGAAAGAAUUUUGCGAUAUAAUGAUAGUAAUGAAGAUUAUGUUUAAGACAACUGCAUAAACUAUACUCAAUUCAAAUCCUAAUAUUAAAAUAAUUCAUGCUGAAUGGUUAUAUAAGUCAAUUUAAUAAGGUUGUUUGAUUGAUUUAAAUGAAUAUAUAAUUUAAUAAUGA